CGUCUUUUCUUUUUGCGCUCAGCGCGUCUUUGACAAUAAACCUUCAAUAACCGGAAUACACGCAUAUCACGCGCAGACACCUAGCCUGGACUGCCAAAACAACGCUACCGUCGCGAAUAAAGUGCACGCGACCGCGCGAGGCACCGGCCAAACACAAGACGGCCGCCUGCCGCCGACAUCAGCGACAACACCACUCUUACCCUGCAUAACAUCCACCACAUACAUCGCAAUCAUGGCGCCUUUAAAGAUCUCGAUACCGACAGCACAGAACCAGACACCUGAGAACGGAAAGGCCUACACAUCGUAUACCAUCAAGAUCGAACACCCCUUCCCCCGCGCCACAACCAGCGUUCAGAAGCGCUACUCCGACUUCUCCUCUCUCGACUCGGCCUUGCGAUCAGAAGCCGGGUGCGCGCCGCCCGCCCCCCUCCCACCAAAAUCCUGGCUCGGCGGCUUCCUAGGCAUAGGCAACACGGCAAGCUCACCCGAAGCCAUCGAGAAGCGACGAGCAGGCCUGGAGGCCUAUCUACGGGCCAUCGAGAGCAGCGAAGACGGACGCUGGCGCAUUUGCAAAGCCUACAAGUCCUUCCUCGACCUUGGCGGCGAACAAAACGGCAGCAACGGGAAGAAAACUACUGGCUUCCCCGGUUCACAGUUUGGAAAAGACAGGGUGAGGGAUUCGUCGGACUGGCUGGAUAAACACGCUGAACUCAAAUCUAACCUCCAAGACGCACGGAGAUGGUUGACGAAACGCGAACAAGCGACCGCAGCAACUGCGCAGCACGAGGCAGCGGCUAAUGCCAAGAAGAGCCUCGUCAGAGCUUCUACGCUCAUCUCGGCGCUGGACGAAGGCUUGAGCCGGCUAGGUGGCGCGAACACAAAAGGCGGUUCGGACGACUGGUCCGGCGAGAAACUAGGCGACGGCGAGAUACGCCGCAGAAAGGACAUGAUCAGUGGUCUACGCAAAGAACGCGAUGGUCUAGAUUCGGUGCUCAACAGCAUGGCUGUCAAGGCUGCGAUAUCGGGUUCUGGUGCCGCCUCGCACAAUGCGCCGUCGACGUCUUCGGCUGCUGUCACGGAGAGCCAGAAAGCGGGUCUGUUUAAAGGCGCGGCGUCUGCCAAACCGUCGUCGUCCAGUCGCAGAGUGCUGGGCGGCGCACCGGCGCAGGAAACGGAUAAAACGCGCGAAUUGGAUAAUGAAGGUGUUUUGCAGUUGCAGCAGCAGAUUAUUGCUGCGCAGGACGAGGAUCUGGUUGAUAUAGCGACUGUGGUGAGGAGGAUGAAGGAGAUGGGUGUCACGAUUAACAGGGAGAUUGUCGAGCAGAAUGCCAUGCUUGGGUUGUUUGAGGAGGAUGUCGAGAGGGUGGAUGGCAAGAUUAAGAUUGCUAAGAAGAGGAUUGAUAAGAUUCAUUGAGUGCAGUCGACUACGCAUCUGGGGGUAGAGAGUGGGGCGGACGGGAGAAGUUCAUCUCGCGCUUGUAAUAUAUGGUAUUGGAGUACGGCUAUUGGUAUUGGUAUUGGUAUUGGCACUAGGGUAGUCUUUCGAUUAGCUUGGCAAGGUUCGGAUAAUAUGAUUGUGAUACCCCUUUGAAUAAGAUAACACGAUGCCU